CACACUCUCAUGUCUCAACCAAAAACUAACAGCAAUAGCAAUGGACUCAUAAUAGUAGUAGUUGUAGUAGUAUACACCCCAUUUACAUCUUCACAAUCAACUCUCCGAGCGGUGGCGCAACCCGAUUCCGCCGCCGCAGAUGGCGAAAGGUCGCAAGUUGACUACAAGCCGGAGCGAGCGCUUCUUGGGAGCCUACGCCAACAAUCACACCCAAGCCCCCAGCGACUCAUCCGAGCUCCGGGAAGAGGAUAUCUGGUCCACCGGCGAUGAUGCCGGCGGCGAUGUCUCCGUUUGGGAGCCAGACGAUGUCGCCGAUGAGAGCUCCGGCGGCUCCGCCUACCGGCGCCGGAUUCACCGGGAUGUGAACAAGAGCAACCACCACCAAUUCGGUGGCCUGUCGCUGGCGUUCGAGGACCCGCCGGCUGGUGGUCCGGUGACGGCGUCGGCGAGGAUCGUGCACCAGCUCCGCGCGCAUGAUGGUCUGGCCUCGACUCCGAGAGGACGCCACGUGGCGUCCUCCGCGCCGAUGAACGUGCCGGACUGGAGCAAGAUACUCCGGGUUGACUCGGUCGAGUCGCUGCACGGUGUGGACGACGAUCUCGAUGAGAGCGAGUUGGAGGUUGUUCCGCCGCAUGAGUACUUGGCGCGCAGCCGUAAGAAGGCGGCGGAUUCGGUUUUCGUGGGAGUGGGCCGGACGUUGAAGGGCCGGGACUUGAGCCGGGUUCGUGACGCCGUUUGGAGCCAGACCGGGUUCAACGGUUGAUGGCCCGGUUCAGGUGGGUAAGUUAAGUGAGUGGUUCUUUCUUCCUUCCACCCUGUUUGUAAUCUGAGUUGAUUGUUAAGUAUGAUUAUUGUUGUUAAUUAAUCAGAUUCAACUUAGUGGUUUGUUAAAGUAAUUAAAUUACUACUACUUGUUUAAUUUGAAUGGGUGGGGCGAUGACUCGGUUGGGUGGACUCAGCUGAAGGGAGUUCAACUCAGUGGCCAGUGAGCCUAAGCAGUAAUUAGCAUGUAAUUGGUAAAUUUAUAUUUCUGAGGAUAAGGGUUUUGAUUUUGGAUAUUACUAUGUCUUUCAAGUUUCAACCUCUGUUUGUUCAAGGGAGAAUUAGCUAUUGUUAAUUGUCAAGGACAAGCAAAUUGUAAAUAUAAGUUGUUAAUUAGUUCACAAUCACUUUUUCUUC